AAUUAUGUAGCCAUUUUGUUUGGAAUUCUCAUCUUGAAUCUAAUUUGUAAUUCUUAUCUCUUUCAGAUUAUUCGGGAUAGGAUAAAUAUUCAUAAUUCUCGAAGCUAUUUUGUUUGGAAUUCCCACCCUGGGACACUUGUAACGUUUCCCCAGUUCUCUGACAUUUUACGAGAUUUCCCUUUUCACUGGCGCCACCUUGAGACAUCCUUACGCCAUAAUUUCACCGCUGUCAUCUACGCCACGUUGCCAGUCGUGUCAUCCUCUUCACCACUUUUCCGGCUCAUCAAAAAUCUCGCCAAAUCUUCGUUUAUUUCAAGAAUUAUGGUGUUGUGGAAUGGAGAAACUGCGCCUCCUACAGUCUCCAACUUGCCUCACGUUCCUGUUCCAGUCAACAUCAUACAACCUCCCCAAAAGACAAUCAGUUCACGCUUUCACCCGCAUCCCCUCAUUCAAACCGAUGCCAUAUUAAACCUUGAUGAAGAUGCUGUAUUAACUACAGAGGAGGUAGAGUUCGCCUUUAAGGUUUGGCAAUCUUACCCAGACAGGAUAGUGGGGUACCCAGCUCGAUCUCAUUACUGGGAUGACAGUAAGGGAAGUUGGGGGUAUACCAGCAAGUGGACCAAUCAGUAUUCUAUCAUACUUACAGGAGCUGCGUUUUACCACAGGUACUACAACUACUUGUACACUUACUAUCUGCACAAUCUUCUGCACAAAACUGUUGACCAAUCACAGAACUGUGAGGAUAUUCUGAUGAACUUUCUAGUCAGUCACGUGACCAAGCUCCCACCAAUUAAAGUGACACAACGAAAGCAAUAUAAAGAAAGCAUGACGUCGGGUGGUAAAACGUACCCCACACCCUGGAACGACUCAGACCACUUCCUCCAGAGACAAGCCUGCAUUAACAGCUUUGUUGGAACAUUUGGGUAUAUGCCGCUCGUGAGAUCAAGUCUUCGUCUUGACCCCGUGCUCUUCAAGGACCCAGUAUCUAACCUACGGAAGCGCUACCGGAAGCUGGAACUAGAUGGCGGAAAGUGAGAGUUUAAAGUGCCAUUACUGUGUUUGGCUAGAAACCAAUAUCCGACAAAUGUGUCUUGUGACAAAUAUGACCAGUCUGACGUCGAGAGUAUAGCAAUAAGAAGCGUGUAGUGUAGUGUGGCCGAAUUACUUUCUUACGCGAACACAUCUUCCUAAGCCUUUUUUUUUUUUGUAACUGCAGAUUUAAGAAAACGUGUUUAGUAAGUAUAACAUUGCUAAAGCAGUUCCACAGACGCGGUGUAAUUAUUUACAUGAAUGUUGGUCAAUUAGAAUCCGCUUACAGUUCACCAAACAGUAAACGAGAGAGGAAGUCAGACUUUAAACCUAGUGUUAGGCUUAGUAGAAUAUCGGCAUAAAGCAUGACGGAUUAGUUUCCUAUCUAAGAACAGAACAGAGAGGAUAGUUUCUCAUCAUAUUAUGUAUGUAUUCCAUGGUGUGUGUGUGUGUGUGUUAGCUGGUUUAAUGUUCAGGUUCACGUAACGCUUAAUUUGAAUGGCUUAGAAGCCUGCUUUGUUCCUGAUUAUAAUAGCCCAAAUUUUUAUUGUGAUGACCAGGUAAUUUCCGUGUUUUUAAACGACAGUGUCUAAGUGAAAAAAUAGUCCUAACUUAAGCAACGAGAGCUGGAAUCUGGUUUGUACAGACCUAGAAAAAAUAUAUACAUUUAGAAGAAAUGCCCAUUUAACAAACUUGAUGGUACAAUUGGCUUAUAUGUGACGUCUUGGACCUUACUCUAAACUCUUACAUGCUGCUAAGAGAACAAAUAUUUCAGGAAUUCAAGUAAGAAUGCCCUCUAGCGUUUAAGGUUAAAACUAAUGCGAAGAAGAUCAAGAUUAUUCUGUGUGCUACUGUCGCAAAGAGAAAGAAGUAGAACAAAACUUACAAGUAUUCGUACAACAUUCCUUUUUUAUGUAACUCUUUUUAUUUCACAUUUUCGUGUUUUUGGUAGGUGUCUCCACAUGGUCACACACACAGUUCUCACGUUUUUCAUUUUAAUGUUGUUCAAUGUAUUGAUGGAAAGGUGUUUUUUUUUUAUAUAUAUCAACGAACAGUGAUAAUAUAUUUAGAUAUAGCUUAUAAAGAAGAAGCUCGUCGGAAAACAAAACCUCAGCAAAAUUUAGGGUUUCAGGUCAACGUUGAAAGGUUACAGUUUUCGUAUGUACGUAAUUGUAAUGUUUAUUUUAUUUCACUUCUAAAUAAGUACAAUUCGUCCUACAUAUUUAUUAUAUUUCGGACAUUUUGGGAUUGUAACCCCCCCCCCCCCCUCCCUUGGGCGCAUAGGCAACGGAAUAUAUAUAUUUGAAUUGGGGGGGGGGGCAUCUUAUUUACUAUGUUAACCUUGACCAUUGAUUUCAAAACUAUGAUAGUUAUACACAAGUCCCCAUUCAAAGGGGCACGUGCUCCCCCCACCCACAGCCGGUUCCGCCACUUAUGUAUGGGUAUUAUUUUUUCAUAUUUGUGGACCUCAAAUCGUGUGAUUUCUGCUGAUCCAAUAGGUUUUAUGAUAAUCGGGAUUGAUUCUGUUUCCUGACCAUGUUAGUGACGUAUUCUGCCGUGAGGGCGCUGUAAACCUAAUUUAUUUUUGAUUCUGCUUCCCAAUCGUGUUUUUGACGUAUUUUCGCCGUAAGGACCCUGUAAACCAAAUUUCCGUUUGAUUCUGUUUCUUGACCAUGUUAGUGACGUAUUUCCGCUGUGAGGGCGCUGUAUACCUAACUUCUGUUUGAUUCGGCUUCUUGACCGAGUUUGUGACGUAUUUCCGCUGUGAGGGCGCUGUAAACCUAACUUCUGUUUGAUUCUGCUUCCUGACCAAGUUUGUGACGUAUUUCCGCUGUGAGGGCGCUGUAACCUAACUUCUGUUUGAUUCUACUUCUUGACCGAGUUUGUGACGUAUUUCCGCUGUAAGGGCGCUGUAAACCUAACUUCUGUUUGAUUCUGUUUCCUGACCAUGUUAGUGACGUAUUUCCGCUGUGAGGGCGCUGUAAACCUAACUUCUGUGUGAUACUGAAACGACAUUUAAGCAUCAAAUCGAUUUUUAGUGACAGCAAAAAAUCUCAAUGCAUCUUAAUUAAUUUUCUAAGUCAUGACUUGCUGGUUUUACCUUUUGCAAAGCUAUUUUUUACCUACAAACAACUCCAUCUGGUGUUUGAACAUCUAGGACUGACGAUACUCUGUUUCGCUCUGUUUUUCCUAAUUUUAAGUUCAAAGAGUUCCUACGUUUUGCUCAUGAUACUGUGAAAUAAUUUCGUAUUAAAUAUUAUGUGUUGGAAAAGAUAAUAAAAUUGUGUUUUUCAAA